AUGACAAAAGGAGUCGAGCGCGUGUCGAUGCAGCUUGGAAUUAAUUUCAAAAUUUUAGCUUGGCAGCCAAUCACCACCAAUAGUGAACAUCCAAAGGCUGUCCACGGCAACUACUAUAGAAUGGUCUUUACAGCGGACUUUAUCGGUAUCGAAAGAAACCUUAAAAUUUCAAGCAUUCCGACCAGCGGGCACCCCAACAUUACUAUGUAUACCGGUUAUAACAACGACAAGCUUAAGAAGAUCGCGGUACUGAACCUAGAGCUAUGGGAUAGUGCGAGAGACAAUUACAGAAUUUUUCAAGAAAUUGAGCUUACAGGGUUAGGCAGACUCGUAAAGAAGGUCAAGGUCUCGAGGCUUACCGCGCCUGAUGGAGCUAGGGCCCGAACCGGGAUUACAUAG